GACUGGCAGUGCGUUUGCUGGGUGCUGAACUCCGGUAGAGAGUAAUGAGUUUACUCGUGCAAUUCAGAGCAAGCGAAGGAUCGCAAGUUGGGAACUAAAAACUGCUGCUACUGCGCCUGUAUAAACUUCAGCACUCUCUAAAACCAAGGGGGAGAAAAACAACAGCCAAACUAAAUCAAAACACACACCAGGAGGGACAAUAUAAGCUUGACAUAUGCACAUCUUCCCUCUGAAAAAGGAUAUGUUACUGGACAUAAAAUAAAAAAGGAAUAAGCCCCAAAAUGAAGCUAACCACUUUGUGCUGUUUGGGCUUUCUCUUGAACACUGUGGCCAUACAGCUGAGCACCUCACAAUCAGUAUGUGCCGGGACGGAGAAUAAGCUGAGCACUCUCUCAGACCUGGAGCAGCAGUAUCGCACCCUGCGCAAGUACUACGAGAACUGUGAGGUCGUCAUGGGCAACCUGGAGAUCACCAGCAUUGACCGCAACCGAGACCUCACCUUCCUCCGGUCUAUUCGGGAAGUGACAGGCUACGUGCUGGUAGCCCUGAACCAGUUUGAGUACCUGCCGCUGGAGAACCUGCGCAUCAUCCGCGGAACCAAGCUGUACGAGGAACGCUACGCGCUCGCCAUCUUCCUCAACUACCGGAAAGACGGCAACUUUGGGCUGCGUGAGCUGGGCCUUAGGAACCUGACAGAAAUCCUCAAUGGAGGGGUAUACGUGGAUCAAAACAAGUUCCUGUGCCACGCCGAUACAGUCCACUGGCAGGACAUUGUGCGCAACCCACGCUCUGAGCUCCUCGUGGUGCCAACCAAUGGCAGUGCAGGAUGUGGACGCUGCCACAAGUCCUGUACAGGUCGCUGCUGGGGUCCCAACAAUUUCCAGUGCCAGAGCUUAACGAAGACAGUGUGCGCAGAACAGUGUGAUGGACGAUGUUUUGGCCCCUACGUCAGUGACUGCUGUCAUCGGGAGUGUGCAGGGGGCUGCUCCGGACCCAAGGACACAGACUGCUUUGCUUGUACAAACUUCAAUGACAGCGGAGCGUGUGUCACCCAGUGUCCACAGCCUUUCGUCUACAACCCCACCACCUUCCAGCUGGAGCACAACCCCAAGGCCAAGUACACCUACGGGGCAUUCUGCGUCAAGAAAUGUCCGCAUAAUUUUGUGGUGGACCACAGCUCCUGUGUGCGAGCCUGCCCCAGCAACAAAAUGGAAGUGGAAGAGAAUGGGAUUAAAAUGUGCAAACCCUGUACUGAUAUCUGUCCCAAAGCAUGUGAUGGCAUUGGGACGGGCAGUUUGCAGUCAGUUCAGACAGUGGAUUCCAGCAACAUAGACAAGUUUGUCAACUGCACCAAGAUCAACGGGAACCUGGUCUUUCUUAUCACCGGCAUAGAAGGGGAUGCUUACCACAGCAUUGAGGCUUUGGAUCCUGAAAAACUCAAUGUGUUCAGGACUGUCCGGGAGAUUACAGGGUACUUAAACAUCCAGUCUUGGCCACGGAACAUGUCUGACUUCAGUGUGUUCUCCAACCUGGCGACUAUUGGAGGCAGAGUCCUUUACAGCGGUAUCUCCUUGCUAAUCCUCAAGCAGCAGUGGAUCUCCUCCCUGCGGCUGCAGUCGCUUCAGGAAAUCAGUGCUGGGAACAUCUACCUCACCGACAACCACCUCCUCUGUUACUACCACACCGUGAACUGGACCAGCCUGUUCAGGACCAGCUUGCAGAAGACCAUCAUCCGCAACAACCGCAACCCCAGCAACUGCACUGCUGAGAAGAUGACGUGUGACCCCUUGUGCUCGGACCACGGUUGCUGGGGUCCCGGUCCAGACCAAUGCCUGUUCUGCAGAUUCUUCAGCAGGGGAAGGACAUGCAUUGAGUCCUGUAACCUCUAUGAAGGGGAUUUCCGCGAGUUUGCCAAUGGAUCAGUCUGCAUUGAGUGUGACUCCCAGUGUGAGAAGGCUGAGGAUAAUAUGUUCACCUGCCUCGGCUCGGGACCAGACCACUGCGUGACGUGCUCUCAUUUCAAAGACGGCCCCAACUGUGUCGAGAAGUGUCCUGAUGGUCUGCAAGGAGCCAACAGCUUCAUUUUCAAAUAUGCUGAGGCCAACAAUGAGUGCCACCCCUGCCAUUCAAACUGCACCCAGGGGUGCACCGGCCCCCGGAUCCAGGACUGUGUAGGCAUGAUGGAUAGGUGUAGAGGCCCUACUAGUGCCGACUGCAAUUUCUAUCCCUGGACAGGUCAUUCCAUAUUACCACAACAUGCUAGAACUCCACUGAUCGCCGCAGGAGUCAUUGGCGGGCUCUUCAUUGUGGUCAUCGUGGUGCUGAGCGUGGCGGUUUAUGUCCGGCGAAAGAGCAUCAAAAAGAAAAGAGCGCUGAGGAGAUUCCUGGAGACGGAGCUUGUGGAACCCCUCACCCCCAGCGGCACAGCACCCAAUCAAGCCCAGCUGCGCAUUCUGAAGGAAACAGAGCUGAAGCGAGUCAAAGUGCUCGGCUCAGGCGCCUUCGGAACAGUCUACAAGGGAAUCUGGGUUCCAGAGGGAGAGACAGUGAAAAUUCCUGUGGCCAUAAAGAUCCUUAACGAGGCAACAGGACCCAAGGCUAAUGUCGAGUUUAUGGAUGAGGCCCUGAUCAUGGCCAGUAUGGACCACCCCCACCUGGUGCGGCUGCUGGGGGUCUGCCUCAGCCCCACGAUUCAGCUGGUCACCCAGCUGAUGCCCCACGGCUGCCUGCUGGACUACGUCCACGAACACAAGGACAACAUCGGCUCCCAGCUCCUGCUCAACUGGUGUGUCCAGAUCGCCAAGGGAAUGAUGUACCUGGAGGAGAGACGGCUGGUGCACAGAGACCUAGCCGCCCGGAACGUCCUGGUCAAGUCGCCAAACCACAUCAAGAUCACAGACUUCGGGCUGGCCCGCCUGCUGGACGGGGAUGAGAAGGAGUACAAUGCUGAUGGGGGCAAGAUGCCAAUAAAGUGGAUGGCACUGGAAUGUAUCCACUACAGGAAAUUCACCCACCAGAGUGACGUGUGGAGCUAUGGGGUUACAAUCUGGGAGCUCAUGACGUUCGGAGGGAAGCCCUACGAUGGAAUUCCUACCCGGGAAAUCCCUGAUCUUCUGGAAAAAGGGGAACGCCUGCCGCAGCCACCAAUCUGCACCAUCGACGUCUACAUGGUCAUGGUAAAAUGCUGGAUGAUCGAUGCAGACAGCAGACCGAAGUUCAAAGAGCUGGCAGCCGAAUUCUGCAGAAUGGCCCGGGAUCCCCAGCGCUACCUGGUCAUCCAGGGCGAUGACCGCAUGAAGCUCCCCAGCCCCAGUGAUGGCAAGUUCUUCCAGAGUCUGCUGGAUGAGGAGGAGCUGGAGGACAUGGUGGAUGCAGAGGAGUACCUGGUGCCCCAGGCCUUCAACAUCCCUCCCCCCAUCUACACCUCACGACCCAGGAUUGACUCCAACCGGAGUCAAAAUGGACACAGCCCUCCUCCAGCCUACACCCCAAUGUCUGGGAACCAAUUUGUAUACCGGGAUGGGGGCUUCAGCACUGAGGAUUUGAUUCCGUCUCUGGGACGGGCACUGCAGCCGUGUGCCACCCCAGAGACACCAGCAGUGCAGGUGGCAGCUCCAGAGGCAUUCGAAGACGCCCGCUGUAAUGGAACUCUGAGAAAGCAGGUAUCUCCACGGGCCGGGGAGGACAGCAGUGCUCAGCGCUACAGUGCAGAUCCCACCAUCUUUCUGGCAGAUCGUGGGCCCCGGGGGGAGAUGGAUGAGGAUGGAUACAUGACACCCAUGCAAGACAAGCAGCCCACAGACUAUCUUAACCCAGUUGAGGAAAACCCUUUUGUCACACGCCGGAAGAAUGUAGACAUCCAUGCCCUGGAUAACCCAGCAUACCACAGCGCCCCCAACGGGCAGCCCAAGGUGGAAGACGAGUAUGUCAAUGAGCCCCUGUACCUCAAUACCUUCCGUAACACAGCAGAGAAUCCCAGGUACCUGAAGAACAAUGGGGCUCCACUCCUCACCAACAGUGUCAGCGACAAGAAACCCAAGAAGACCUUUGACAAUCCAGAGUACUGGCACCACAGUCUUCCCCCAAAGGCAACGCUCCACAACCCUGAAUACCUACAGGAGUGCAACACCAGGUUUUUCUACAAACAGAAUGGACGCAUCCGGCCUGUGGUAGCGGAGAACCCAGAGUACCUAUCUGAGUUCUCCCUGAAACCAGGGACUGUGCCUCCCCCACCUCCUUACAGGCAGAGGAAUACAGUGGUGUAAUGUCUACAGUAUUAUAAUCCAGUGUAAACAGGGAGAUUGGUCUGUCUGCAGAACUGUUUCCCUGUGCAAACCCUCCCCAAAAUAAGACUUUUGAUUCCUCAGAACAGUAACAAAAUAAAUCUGUUAGGACCUUGACUGGAAGAAGCAUUUUUUAUCAACCUGCAAAUGGGGACUCAAAACUUUUGCCACGUACAAACCCCAAAAGCAUUAAUGAAGCAUUCAACCUCUAGCAGUUGUUUUCCCUAUCUGAUGGUGUUCCGUGGUGAAAAAUCCUUCUGCAGUUUUAAAGGAUGUACCUUUAGCGACGUCCCCACUCUUUGAAAUCAGUAGGAGCGACGAUGAACAAAAAACUGGGAAGGAUGGGUGUUCUUUUUCUCCUUGAUCAUUCUUCUUUCUUUCCCCAUCUUCAUUUGUUGGGAUGUAUUUCAAAGCAAUAGGCAACAUAUUGGAGGCAAUGGAGGCAACAUAUCAGCCACGUGACAUGAAGGAUAUUCUUUGAAGAAAACCAAGUCCUUUGGAUUAGGUUUUACAUACUUCCAAUUCUGAGGGACACUAAUGAAAGAACACCAGCAAGAGCAACUGUUUCUGAUGGAAACAGACAUCUUGGGUCGGUGAACUGGCACAUAUCGAUUAUGGAUAUUCUUUUUGUUGUUUUCUGUUUGUUUGUUUGGUCGUUUGUUUUUACAAGAGGGUAUUUUCACAGAGCUUCUGUUUACCUGGGAUCUACAGUCCAUGAAACUGGAUUUGUUUAAAGUUCAAAUUAAUACAUACUGGUCGGUCCGGUACAGUUCAAUAAGGUGAAUUUGCACAAUUUAUAAGAAAUCUGUUUAAAAGGCCACAGUUUUGGGGAAAACGUUUCACAAAUAUGUAUCACAAGGGUGACGUGAUAUGUGGCUUUCAAGGCAACAAGACAGACGUUUUUUACUUCUUAAUUGCUUUAUUUGAAUGUGGAAUUGGGGGGGGGGGGGGGGGGGGCACACAAUAUACCAUGUAUUACAGGUUAAAAACAGAAGCACUGUAAUGUAAUGGUGGUUGAAUCCUGCAGGUGUAGCCAGAUAGACUGGGACUUGGUGGUCUUUGCCUAUUAAAUAUUAAACUUGUGAAACAGCUGGAAAGACCCAGAUGCCACUCUCUAUCUGAAACAAUUGAACACAGCAUUUGGUUAUUAAGUAGAAGGGCGGUUUUGUUUGAUAUUGACAUCACCUGAUGUCUUCAUCUGUCUCAUCUUGGCUUAUAACUAAGACAGAUAUGACCAAUUGCUUAAAAAAUAAGUACCAACAAGUGUUGCAUCAAAUUAUAUAAACAAAACUAUAUUUUAAUUUCUCCAAUUAACCUUUUUUUUAUUAUUUUGGAAAGCCACUAUAAACAUGCAAAGAAAAUGUAUUUCACAUAAUAUAUGAAAACCAUGGCUUCUGGACAGUGGAAAGCAAAAUAAACACACCCAGUCUUUCAUGUAGCCCUGCCACUGAAUUCAGUAUUGUUCUCUGCUCUUCAGCUGCUGAGCUCCAAAAAAUGCUUAAACAGCUAACACCCAAUGGAGGAGCACUACUGAACCAAGCACCACCCGUAUUUCAAAACUGUGGUUGACUUUUAUUAUUAUUUAAAUGUAUAUUAUGUCUUUUUCAAUCUUUGAACUUCAUCUAUUGUGGUGUAACACAAUGAAAUGGCCCAGUUGCGAAAGCUGUUGUUUACUGGUCUUCACUAUAAGCACAACCAGCUGCAAAUAAGAGUAUCAAAAUAGGGUUUUUUUGUUGAUGUUGGUGAGGCAUGCCCUUAACCUUUACUAACAGACAUAGAAAUAAGUCUUAAAGCUUGAAAACAAUACUAAGCGGUUCUGUAUUUUAUACUUAAAGCAUGCACUGUGGCAGAACCCACUCUAAUGGAAAAAAAAAAAAACUGCCAAAAUGUUUUUAGUAAAUUUAGUUGGAUAUUUAGUUUUAAAAAGUGAGUUCCAUAAUUGAAACGGUUAAGCUGAUCUUUUAUAUAAAAGACCUGUAGACAACAAUAAUUUGUCCUGAUCGCUACCGCUGUGUGUUACUGUUAACACUGCCAGAAGCAUCCUUUGCUGCUAAAAAUAACGCCAGUGUCCGAAAUCAUUCUGCAUUGACUUUUUUUUUUUUUUUUUUUUUAAAUGUAAGAGCACUUAAAGCUCUGGUGAGGCACUUUUAUUAGCUUUCAGAAAGCUAAUAAAAGAUGUUUUUUUUUUUUUUUUUAAUGGGUCUCUCUCUCAACCUAAUGGCUUGUGGGGGGGGGGAACCAGCUGUUUAGAAAUAUUGUGCAUUUGCACAAAUCAACAUUAUUAUUUUUUCACUUCACAAUACACUUUUCUGUCUGAUUCAGAACAAAGUGAAACAGUUGAACAAGUUUGUUUCCUGUCUAUUUCUUCAAAUUCUCUCUAUAGUCCUCCACAUGCUAUUAGGUUCAGAGCACAGGGGGGGUAACACAAUCCCCAAAAAGAAAACACAUUGAUUCAGCUGCAGAACAUGCCAAGAAUGGGAUUACUGCAAAUUGAAUUUCUUUUCAACUAAAUUCAGGACGUGGAUAAAGGAGAAAAAAGUACUUUAAAACUGUGCAAGUAGUUUUACAUGUGGCAGUAUGUGUUGCACGCUGCUCAAUAUAAGGAAACGAUUUUACUUGCUGUGUGUGUCCCAGUAGAAUGAAGUGCAACCAUAGACAUAUCAGCACAUCUCCUCCUGUGGUGUGUAGUUUUGAGUUCCACCACCCAUGGCUUAUUUCAGACAGCACACAAAUGUUGGUGAAGUGGAAAGAAAACACUGGACUUGUGUAUUUUGAGGUAUAAAUUUAAGGUUCAACAGAUCGAUCUAGAUUCUGGCUGUACCAGACCUUCAGGUAGUAACUGAGCUAUUUUGAUGUUUGUUUUAAUAUUUUUUGAACUCAAACAUGCUUUCAUGGAAUGGAAAUGCAAUGGUAAUGUCGGCAUAAUAGAUUGGACAGCACUGUCUGACCAUUGCUGAGAUGUAUUUGAUUGGAACAGAACUUGGUUUUCCAAAUAAAAGAAAAUACAUUACCAUUUCUCUAUAUGAAAGUUUAU